AUGAUAGACUUCUCCUGCAAGCAGCAGCAGCAGCAGCAGCAGCAGCAGUACCAGCAGCAGCAGCAACAGGAAGUGGAACUGCUGCUGCAGCAGCAGCAGCAACUGCAGCAGAUGCAGCAGCAACUCCAGCAAGAGCAGAACUCAGAGAAAAAGAUGAUUGCGAUGAGGCUUUUGUUCUUAUCUAUGCAUGCAGCAGCAGCAGCAGCAGCAGCAGCAGCAGCAGCAACAGCAGCAGCAGCAGCAGCAGGGGAGAUGGCGAUGCAGCAGAAGCAAAGUUGCAAGCAGCAAGUACUGCUGCAGACAGCAGCAGCAGCAGCAGCAGCAGCAGCAGCAGCAGCAAUAAAGGCAAAGGUGCAGCAAAGGAGAGCAGCAGCAGCACAAAGAAUAAAGCAGCAGCAGCCAGCAGCAACAGCAGCAGCAGCAGCAGCAGCAGUUUAUCUGCAGCAGCAGCAGCAGAAGAAGCCUCAGCAGCACCAUCAUCCCCAUCAGCAGCAGCAGCACAGCAGCAACCACAACAACCACCAUCACCAUCACCAUCACCAGCAGCAGCAUCACCAGCAGCAGCAGCAGCAGCAGCAGCAGCAGCAGCAGCAGCAGCAGCAGAAGAAGAAGAAUCUAUAG